ACUACAGCUACGAUGCACGCUGAAUCCUUAAAACUUGACGGUAAAUUACCGAAACUUCAUAAAAUUGAUAAGAGAGAGGAGACGUCAAAUGUUCAAGGGAAAGAGAAAACUGACCCAGUAGCCGUGAUGAAGCCAGACGUCGCUAAACCACAGGUCGCAGGACCAGAGGUUGCACAGCCAGAGGCCACAGAACCAGAGGUCGCAGGACCAAAAGUCUCAGAGCCAGAGGAAGCAAAGCCAGAGGUCACCCAGACAGAAAACACGAAGGAAACUGUUCCAGAGGUGCUCAAGCCAGAGGUCACACAGACAGAAAACGCCAUUAUACUCAAGCCAGAUGCCUCCAAAGAUGAGCUAGUUCGGCCAAAUGAUGUCACAACAGAGGAAGCCAAGCCAGAAGUCCCUAAACCACAGUUUGCAAAACCAGAGGUCUCAGGACUAAAGUCCGCUAAACCUGAAGCUUCGAAAGAGGAAACGGUCGAAUCAAGCUCUGAAACAGCUCAAUCAGGAGUGCUGCAUCCAGAAACACUUCAAACAGAAGCACCUCGGGCGGAAUUCGUACCUCUAAAAACUCUUGAAGAGGAUGUUGCUAAACCAGAAACUGAUCAGCAAAGUGAGGUUCAAAGCGAACUACUUCCGCCUGCAGCAGGACAGCAGCAGGCCGUCCCAAAAAUCACCGCAACACUAAUCCCAGCAACCAACGUUGCUGUCCCCGCGAAAACUAAGGAUUCUGCUUCAGAGAGCACUCAAAAUGUGGUCGCAGGAAGCGCCCCCCAAGCGGUAGCUAAUCAAACCUUAUCGGCGGCAAGCACUGACGGGGUAACAGGAAUGAAGAAUGAGACUACAUCCGGAGGCAGCAGUGGUUUCGACCCUUUUUCAGCCAUAAGGGCCAUCGCGAGGCCCGUUAUCAACGCGGUCACAACCGUGAGAGAUACAAUUAGACCAGUGUUCGGCGCGGCCCUAUCUCCUAUCGUAGGGCCAAGUAGCCCCGGAAAGGGUGAUGGUGAAGGAGCACAAAAAUCACCGAACGCCACACAACCACCAUUUCAGGGUACUGAAACUCCUAGUGACGUCCCCAGUAAGCAGCCAAACGGAAAGGGCGCGGAGAGUCCAGAAGAGACCACAAUUCUGCCAGACAAGCAAAACGAGAGCCUGGCUACUACGACAAGCCCUCUGGUUCCUGAUAAAGUUGCUGCGGAACCCAAAAUUGAUGAGAGCAAUCCUUCGAGUUCUGAAACUGUUAUUCCAACUGGGUAUGUUUCCAAAAAUGCAUCACAGUCACAAAGCGGACUGCCUGGGCUACCAUUUGACCCUACCACGACAAUUAAAAGGCUCACCCAACCCGCGAUUAGCGUUGCCACCGCUGUAAGAGAUAGGGUGAAACCUGUCUUUGACGCCGCCAUUGCUCCUGUUGUGGAUGUUAUUUCCCCUGGGAAAGAAUCAGGAGUGGGUAAUCAGACACUCGAAGUCCAACAACAACCAAAAGAAAACAAAGAAGGUGCGCCAAGCUUUACGGAAGCUCCCAAAGAACCAGUACAUUCUACUGAAGCUAACGCAAGCUCAACCAAACCCUCCAAAGAACAAGAACAAUCCGCAGAAAUGUCCAAGCUACCAAAAAGCACCCAUGAAGAUACGUCGAACUCCACCGAAACUCCUAAAGAACAAGGGAAACGCUUGUACUCCAAUUAUAAGCUGUUUACGACGUUCGUUGGCAAUGACACAGCGGCACUGGCUGCUGUUUCAGCUCUUCAGGAGAUUCCAGAGGUGGAUUUCUGGAACAUACCGACGCUGAAUCGCAACGUCACGUUUCUGGUUCCCCCUGGCCUUGUUGAUAAAGUCACCGAAGACCUCACGAAGGCUGGCCUUAAACUUUACGUGCUGACGAACGACAUUCAAAGUUGGUUGGACAGGGAGAGGGAUGAAAACAGACCAGGCGUCUUCUUUGAUCAACGGGACAUCAGCAACUUCGCAUACGACAAGUAUCAUCGUGUCGAAGAGAUCACGGGCUACCUGGACUUGCUGGCUCAAAAGUACAGCAACAUCGCCACUGUGCGAAGCAUCGGAAUGACCCAAGAAGGAAGACCAAUCAAGGGAAUUAUCCUAAGCACGGGCGGUAACCGGCCGGUCAUUUGGCUGGACGGGGGCAUCCACGCCCGCGAAUGGAUAUCGCCGGCCUCGCUGGUCUAUCUCCUCGGAAAGAUGACGUCCGGAUACGGCUCGGACAGUACCAUCACGGGACUCAUGCAGGCCUUCGACUUUUACGUCUUUCCCGUGGUGAACCCGGACGGAUAUGCUUACACAUUCCACGCUGAUCGUCUCUGGAGGAAAAACAGGUCGGGGGGAAAGCAAGGCUGCAGAGGCGUGGAUCCUAACCGAAACUUCGCCGCUUCGUUUGGAGGUCCAGGUACAAGCUCCCAUCCAUGCUCGGACAUCUACCGCGGGUCAGCGGCGUUCUCGGAGACAGAAAGCCGAGCCAUACGCGACGCGCUUGUAGGUCUGGGCUCCAGGACCAAGGCCUACGUCACGGUUCACUCCUACAGCCAGCUCAUCAUGGUUCCCUAUGGCCACGGCCGCGGCACUUACACAAAGGACUACGCUGACCAGAUUGCGGCUGCACGUGCCAUCUCGCGGGCCAUACAAGUCAAGUCUGGAGUCUACUACCAAGUCGGCACAAUCUCAAGUCUCCUAGGGUCGGCGGCCGGAUCAUCAACUGACUGGGUCUACGACUCGGCUAACAUCAAGUACUCCUUGGCUGUGGAACUGCGGGACAAGGGACGCUUCGGGUUCCUGCUGCCAAAUUUCCUCAUCGUGCCUACAUCUGACGAAUUCACCGAGGGCGUCAAAGCCCUUGGCAAAUUCAUCGCUAGAAGAGAGUUGAACAAAACAAUCCAGUGAAUGUGUCGCAUAUACUUCGUCGCAGCCUCGUCCAUACUAAGAAGCCUGCGUGUUGCUGUGAAAAACUAUCCAGGUGGCGGGCUGGUGUAAGGAAUGGGGAAGACGGCGAUAUUACUUUGCGGAAGGUGUAACCUUCGCGCAGAUCUCAGUCCUUCUUGAGCUUCUGUCUUGGAACUUGAGAAAUUCCAUUAUGUGCGUUUUUCAUCUUGCUCUUGGUAUCUAGGUAAUUUCACUGACCUAACAACCCACUAGACAAGAAAAUUAAGCACGCUUAUAGUUAAUAAAAAGCUCUCCAAAACGGAUCUUUAAACCAGAUCCGUCUUUUUUUUUUUUUUGCGAUUACGCCGGUUUUUCUGACAGAGGGGGCUCUCAUAUAAUCCAAGUCAUUCAGCUCUUUCGUUUGUAACUAUCACCAAUCUGCAUUGUCUCUGUGACCACGUCUUGGAAGUAAACUUUUCAUCCAUUUACUUAUUUUGACCUGCAAAGUAUCUGUACGUGUUCAAAGGGGGAAGGUAUAGGAUCGAAGCAAAAGUUAUUACUGCACGGUGUACUCAUCGUGAUACUUCAAAGUUCACAUUCCAUCAGAGUUUUCUUAUUAGUAACAGACGAUCCUUUUAUUAUAAGAUAAAAGCAAAUAGUUCAACCAAAACCUUCAAAACAAUUAGGGGGUGGCACACCAAAAUCGUGUCCUUGAAUAAACUUUUGCGCAAUGAGGCAUACAUCACAAAAGUCCCGGAGGACGAAUACAUUGAAAUGAAUAGUAGCCUCCUCAUGUGAAUAUGAGAGCACACUUGUUGGGUCAAAAAACUAUGUCGGCAUGGUAUAAAAAAAAUGGCAUAGAUAAAUUGGCAGUGGUAUUUUAUGCUAGGCAACAAAUAACACGGGUGGUUAUGGUCUUGGAUGGGGCGGCGUUUCUAUCGUGAAUAAAAAUGUUUCUUGCUCCGCUGAACAGCAGCAAGAUUUG